CCUGGAGCCGAGCUGCCGCCCGGCCGCCCGCCCCUCCCUCAGCCAUGAACGCGGAGAACUUCAGCGUCAGCGAGCGGCUGGUGACGGCGGCCUAUGUGCGCCAGGGGGCGCAGGGCCGCCGCGCGCGCGAGCUGUGCCUGAGGGCCCUGCUGGAGCAGGGAAAAUGCCCUGAAGAUGGAUGGGAUGAAAGCACCAUUGAACUGUUUCUUCAUGAACUUGCUAUAAUGGACAGCAAUAACUUCCUGGGCAACUGUGGUGUGGGUGAGAGGGAAGGAAGAGUAGCGUCAGGACUCGUUGCCCGAAGGCAUUACAGGUUGAUCCAUGGAAUUGGAAGGUCAGGUGAUAUUUCUGCAGUGCAGCCUAAAGCUGCAGGGUCCAGCCUUUUGAACAAACUUACCAAUUCAUUAGUUAUGGAUAUUAUAAAACUGGCUGGUGUCCGGACAGUGACCAGUUGCUUUGUGGUUCCUAUGGCAACUGGCAUGAGUCUAACUCUGUGUUUUUUAACGUUGCGGCACAAGAGACCAAAGGCAAAGUACAUUAUCUGGCCACGUAUAGACCAAAAAUCUUGCUUUAAAUCAAUGAUAACUGCAGGUUUUGAGCCUGUGGUUAUAGAAAAUGUAUUAGAAGGCGAUGAGCUACGGACAGACAUUGAAGCAGUUGAGGCUAAAAUCAAGGCUCUUGGUGCUGAAAAUAUUCUUUGUGUGCAUUCUACGACAUCCUGCUUUGCUCCAAGGGUACCUGAUAGACUGGAGGAACUGGCUGUGAUUUGUGCUAAUUAUGACAUUCCUCAUAUUGUCAACAAUGCAUAUGGAGUUCAGUCUUCAAAAUGUAUGCAUCUUAUCCAGCAGGGUGCUCGAGUAGGCAGAUUAGAUGCUUUUGUUCAGAGCUUGGACAAAAAUUUUAUGGUUCCAGUAGGUGGUGCUAUCAUUGCUGGCUUCAAUGAAUCCUUCAUUCAGGAGAUCAGCAAAAUGUAUCCAGGAAGAGCAUCUGCGACUCCUUCUUUAGAUGUCCUCAUUACACUUCUGUCUCUAGGUGCCAGUGGCUACAAACAGUUACUGAAAGAGAGAAAGGAGAUGUUUUCCUAUCUUUCAAGCGAGCUGAAGAAGCUGGCAGAUAACCACAAUGAGAGACUGUUAGACACACCACAUAAUCCCAUUUCCUUAGCCAUGUCACUGAAGAAUCUAGAUGAAAAUAAUGAUGCUGCUGUUACCCAGCUUGGAUCUAUGCUUUUCACAAGACAAGUUUCUGGAGCAAGGGUUGUUCCCUGUGGAUCUGUACAAACAGUGAAUAACUACACUUUUAAAGGCUUUAUGUCACAUACAAAUGACUAUCCCUGUGCUUACCUCAAUGCUGCCUCAGCAAUUGGAAUAAAAAAGCAAGAUGUAGAUGUAUUCCUAAAAAGACUCGACAAGUGUUUGAAGACUUCUAGAAAAGAAGGAAAGAAAGAAAACACUGUAAAUGAAACAAGUAAUUCUGAUACAGGCACAGAACAACUUGAAGAGUAGAAGAUACUGAUUUAGUAACGGAGGAAAAUAUGCCCUUGUUUGAAGUAUGUCAGGUUUGUAAUGGGUUAGCAUUAUGAAUCUGCAGUGCAGAAAAUUUAUUCCUGGUCUGAAAACAACAACAACAAAAAGUUGGGCGAAAUUCAGCUUUAAAAAAAUGAGGUGAUUCUCUAAGGCAGAGGGCCAGACACAAGUUUUUUCGCAACAUAUCAAUGCGCUUAGUAUCUGCCGAAGUAAAGCUUUACAUUCAUAAAGA